UCACACCAAAAAUUUUACCCAACUUCACUCUCUUAAUUAACUCUGCAACCUUCUUCAGCGCAAAUCUAGGGGUUUUUUCUCCUUAUCAGACCAGUUGUCUCUCCUUCCUCUCCUUUUUGGCUGCUUCCAAUCCUUCGAUUUAUUCUCCUCUUUUUGCUUUUCUUUGAGCUUUUAUCUUGCAAGAAUCUUGGAUUUAUUUUUUAAUAAUCACUUGGGAUUAAGUCGCAGAUAAACAAAAUGCCGUGGUCUUUUGUGAAUUGUAUGCGCUUGGUGGUUUUCUUUCUUGUCAUACUGUAAUUUUCAUUUGCUUUUGGUGAAUUUGAUUUGAAUCUGGAAGGCGAUUCAGUUCAUUCAACUUAGUGUCAUUGGUGAUUGAAAAAAAAAAAUUUGGUUGGAGGUGUGAGAAUGUACAUUGCAGUAACCAUAAAGAGAUAUCGAGCAGUUAAGGAAGUUGGAAAGAUUAAAAUGAGCGUUGGUGUUGUUGCAUACUAUCAGUUAGUUCAAGUUUGUCAGGCUGAGUAUUUCCGUCAGUUGCUUAAACCUGUUACGUAGUCUAAUAUUUCAAAGCUCUUGGAAACCGGGAUCUGGGAGAGUCUGCCAUUUGGUUGUGUUAUGCAUAAGGCUGUGACAGAAUGAAACACCUGUGUUGAUGGUAAUUGGGAUAGGCAGCUCUGUUAUGUUCUGAUGGCAAUCCACUAGUUUAGUUUAUAGUCUUAUCAUAUUUAUUGUUACAAACCUUCUUCCAACUUAAAAAGUGAAUAAUUGCAACUUCGAAGCCAAAAGCAAUCUCGGUUGUGACCUUCUUGAUUAAGUAGGACAUUCAAUGCAGGGUGACCAACAAUUUUACCCCCCAAAAGCAGUGCCCACACUUGCUGAUCAAGUGGGUGAUAAUUACAUGCAUAUCCCAGUUUCAUCUGCUUUUGGUACAGUUUUCCCUCCAUGCUCAAAGCCAUUGCCACCACUCCAUGGCAUUGAGUUUCAACCCUCAGAGGUUUGUCCCAAGAAUUUCAUUAUUUUUGAUCAGUCUGAUCACAGAAAUCAGAUAAUGUUCAAUCCUGGUAUUGCACACAAGCUUAAUGGUCAUGGAUUAAAUAUUUUUGCAACUUACAUUGAUGGCAAGUAUGAGAGAAAAGAUGUUAAUGAUGUGGAAAAAGAAACAUCAUCUUCUCUGAAAGAGGAUUCGGAUGAUAUUGAUGCACUACUCAGCUCAGAAGGGGAAGAACAAGAAGACUAUGAUGAGGAAGAGAUGAGCACAGCACGUACUUUUGGAAAUUAUGAAAGCGACUCUGCUGAUUCUUGCUCUGCAUAUUGUUCAAAACCAAGAAAGAAUAGAUUAUGUUCUUCUACUCUGAAGUCCUCAGGUAGUGGUGGUAGUUGUGACCCUGAAAUUAAGCGACUGAAAAUGAAGAAAACGGUGAAGGUUUUACGUGGUAUUGUUCCAGGUGCUGAUCAGAUGGGUACUGUAGCUGUUCUUGAUGAAGCUGUUAGGUACCUCAAAUCUCUCAAGGUUGAAGUACAGAAGCUUGGAGUUGGAAAUUUCAAUAAUGGAGAUUGAACUUGUAUUGUGGUAAUAGUGGUUCUCUCAUCUUCUAGAAGUUAAAGUUGAUUCUGUGUUGCGUACCCCUCCUUUGCUGUCUCUCUCAGAUGGUUUGCAGUCUAGAGAUAAGGACAGGUACUUAGAAUUAAUAUUUGUGUUUGAAUUUCCAGUUAUGCGAGUAGUAGUGGUGUGCAGUGCACGAAUUGCUGCUGAAACUUUCGAAGCCCAUCUUUCAUUCUCUCGGAUGGAGAGAACUUGGGAUGGAGCUGUCUCUGUAGUAUGUGUACUAAGUUUCUAGUUGCCAUUGUCCAAAUGGUACAAGUAGCGGCUUUAAAUGUUAAUGUAAUGUACUUUAAAAUAUUCACUAGUAGUUUCUUCUCUGCUUGAUUUCUGUAUUUCACGUACUUUUUAACUCCUUGUUGUUCAAUAAAUGUCGUAAGUAUUUGUAUAA